AUGGCGUUGAUGGAGCCGCCGACUGAAUCGCAAGUCGAGGCUUUACUGUCAGUAUUUCUGGACAAGGAAGAAGCAUACGCUCAGGUUCUUGAAGCGCAACGAAAGCAACAAGCUCGUUUUGCUCGAGAUAUUGGGGCGAGAAGCGAAGAAUCAUCAAAGAGCUUUUCGAUACCAGAACCAUUUCAAAUUAAUUACCUGCCUCCAAAGAUUAGUAGAGUCCUCCUGUAUCAAGAAACUCAGCCGGCCACGGAAAGGCUAGUUCCGAUCCGCAUCGAUUGCGAGAUAGAAGGGAUCAAGCUACGAGACACUUUUACUUGGAAUGUUGCUGAGAAACAAAUUACUCCAGAGUUGUUUGCCGACAUACUCUGCGACGAUCUCAGCAUACCUCAAGAACACUUCAGGCCUCACAUUGUGAAGGCCAUAAAGGAGCAGAUAACAGACUAUGAGAAUCAUGCUCCCCCUGCUAUGAUGCCUGUAGAUCCUGCUGGAAGAGGAAACGACGGCAAGGAUACGUCCAACGUUGAUGCACAAGAGUUGAGAACUAUCAUCAAACUCGACAUUACUAUUGGAAAUUAUUGUCUGAUGGAUCAGUUCGAGUGGGAUUUGAACUGUAAAAGGAACAGCCCUGAACGAUUUGCUGAAUUGAUGGUCAAUGAGUUACAAUUGGGCCCAGAGUUCCAGACGGCUAUAGCUCAUAGUAUACGAGAGCAAAUCCAAGUGUUUGCCAAAUCGCUAUUACUAGUCGACCAUAGGUUUGAUGGCAAACCCGUGCAUGAUGAAGACUUGGCCUCCUGCUUCCUACCGCCUAUAACUCACGCUCGCAGAUAUGAUAUAAACGCAUACAACGCAUUCGGGCCCCAAUUGAUGUUGCUACGAGACACGGAUGCUGAGAAACGAGACCGAGAUGAUGACCGAGAAGUUCGAAGAAAACGAAGGCAAACACAUAGAUCUCGUAGGAAUACGGUCAUUUUACCUGAUCGUGAUAUACAACGCACGAAUAGAACUGCACUGCCACCAUCGCAAACCAAUCCCGCUUUGAUGAUACCUACCAUAACAGCCAAUCCAUCUGCCAUUCGUAAAGAUAGUGGACUGUACUUUACAUCCAUGGUACAGCAGGCGCCUAACCCUGCAUUAGUAUCACCACCUGCCAGAGGUCGACGUGGCGCAAAACAAGAACAAAUGCAACCCACAAUAGUCAGUAGUGUCGCUGGUCUAGAUCCAAGUCAAGUAGGAACAUAUAGGUGUCACAAAUGCACUGGACCUGCUUUGGUAGCUUUGCCAUUACCAGAAGGUACAAAGCAGAGUGAUAUUCUCUGUGACAAUUGUCGCUACCUGAUGGCUACCAGGCCACCUGCGGGAGUAGCUUCAAGAGCACAUCGUGACGGGAGACAACGAACCGAAUCACCGCAUCCACAAAGACAGUCCUCGCAACCACCGUACCGGUCUUCAACACCAACUCCACAUCCACAACAACCUCUGGAACUUAACGUUGCGACCCCAUCAUCAGUUGCAUCUGUUGCCGAGAACGUUAUACCAAGUAUACCACAACAGCCGGAAUAUCCAGGUUGGUUGUUGUCUGCAGAGGAAGACCUGAACGCGAGGUUUCCUUCGGAUAUGUUUGAGUUGACGUACAAGAAUGGAGCCUUUAAAGUCCGGUGCCUGGAAUGUCGACCUAGGAAGCUGUAUGAGACUGGGUCCGGCGAAACACUCGAAAACUUUGAACAGAUGAGCUGGAAGACCAAAUGGGUCGAUGAGCUGGAGGAAAUAACUAGUUUAGGACACAUUGGACUGAAGAUGCACAGAUGGCAAGCAAUCAUCGCUCAUAGUAGUAGUUUGUAA